AUGGCACCUUCCUCUGCACGCACCCCUAACUUCUCACGACCCCUGCCCUCUCCCUACGCAACCAGUGCCAUAGAUACACUGUCCAGAGGUCCAGGGCAAGUAGAUGUUAUGAAAGAGCUUCCACAGUCUGGGCCAAUGACAAACACGACGAAGGAGAGUCUGACAAAGGAAAUGACCCCAAGAAAACCCCCGUUUGGCACAGCGGCGACAAGAAGCCCACAUUCACUGUCGGACAAACUGGCAGAGUCUUCAGGAGGAAAACGCGCUGUUACCACAGCCUCUGCUGGGGUGCGGCAUGGUCAACAAUUUUCAAAAUUUCCCUUCAAAACUGAAUCUGAUUCUAAUCUUGCCAAACUUCUUGUCGACGUGGGCGGCUUUGACAAACCCAUCGUCCAUUUCCGACCCCAGCUCUGGCGCCAUCUGGAUAAAGAUCGCCCAAUCCUCAAUCUCGACCUGUUCUGGCCGAUCAAGUUCGACGAGAUCGACAAUGAUGAUGAAGAGGAGAACAGCGAUGGCGACCAAAAAGGCGUCUUUCCUUUCAAGGACCUCAAGCCUCUACAGAUGUUUCACAACCUCCACUAUCUCCAGUUGAACGGCAUGAUGCGAUCAUAUCAACCGAUCAUCUGGGCAACUUGUUGGCUGAACAAGAACCUCACCAAGCUCCACCUUGAAAUGGCACUCGAGCCGGAAAUGAAUGAAGACACAAAGCACAAAUACCGCAAGAUCGACGAGACAUGGUCCUACGACGGCUCCCCUGAACGACAAGUCGAUGCCGAAUAUCUAGGCUUUCACGGAAAUGGCAUCCUACACCAAGAAUUCGGUGAUGGCGAGUACCUCGACCAACAAGCCAUGAAACAAGCUCAGAUCGACGUGGUCGAAACCCUCCCUCUCGAAAACAUGCGCUACCUGCCCAUCAGCCAUCUCACCCUGAUGAACUUCGCAGUCGACGCUGGCCCAUUCUUCCGCUGGUUCGACCCCAAGAAACUGGUCGAGAUCAACUUCCUGGGACAAUGCAUCGACACUGGCUUCUACCUGCCCGACGACAUGCGGUCGCACGUCAAAGUCAGUGGGCCCAAGCCAAAACCACGCCCACAACCCAUGAUUGCCAGGGUUGUCAAGCCAGGAGAAGUGAAGCUGGUGACGUUGAAGGGCGGGAAGGUGGUUCCUGACGAACCGACCGGGAGUGGCAAUGCGGCCGGGAAAGGCGUCAAGACCAAGCUGAGCCAGAUGAUGCGCUUGGGGAAGAAAGACACCAAGGACUCAAAGGAGUCGGGCAAGGAGACUGCGCAGCUAGAGCGCAAUAUGGCCAACAUGGGCCUUUGA